AUGGAUAAGUUCCGCAUGCUCUUCCAGCACUUCCAGUCCAGCUCCGAGUCGGUGAUGAACGGCGUCUGCCUGGUGCUGGCCGUGGUCACUGUCAAGCUGUACUCCUCCUUCGACUUCAACUGCCCCUGCCUGGCGCGCUACAACACCCUCUACGGCCUGGGCCUUCUGUUCACACCCCCGCUCGUCCUUUUCCUCUGCGGCCUCCUUGCCAACCGGCAGUCCGUGGUGAUGGUUGAGGAGUGGCGCCGGCCCGCGGGGCACCGGAGGAAGGACCCAGGCAUCAUCAGGUACAUGUGCUCCUCUGUGUUGCAGAGAGCGCUGGCCGCCCCCCUUCUCUGGAUCCUGCUGGCCCUCCUUGAUGGGAAGUGCUUCGUGUGUGCCUUCAGCAGCUCUGUGGACCCUGAGAAGUUUCUGGACUUUGCCAACAUGACUGCCAGUCAGGUUCAGCUCUUCCUGGCCAAGGUGCCCUGCAAGGAGGAUGAGCUGGUCAGGGACAGUCCUGCUCGAAAAGCAGUGUCUCGCUACCUGCGGUGCCUGUCACAGGCCAUUGGCUGGAGCAUCACCCUGCUACUGAUCGUGGCGGCCUUCCUGGCCCGCUGCCUGAGGCCCUGCUUCGACCAGACGGUCUUCCUGCAGCGCAGGUACUGGAGCAACUACAUGGACCUGGAGCAGAAGCUCUUCGACGAGACGUGCUGUGAGCAUGCGCGGGACUUCGCACACCGCUGCGUGCUGCACUUCUUCGCCAGCAUGCAGAGCGAGAUGCGGGCGCGGGGGCUGGGGCGGGACCCCGAGCCCCCCGAGACGUCAGAGCCCCCGGAGGGCAUGGACGGCGAAAGUGGGAAGGCCCACCUGCGCGCAGUCUCCAGCCGGGAGCAGGUGAACCAUCUCCUGAGCACCUGGUACUCACGGAAACCGCCUCUGGACCUGGCGGCACCCCCCGGCCUCGGGGGGCGUGGCCUCAGCCACCGCGCUGCCCCGGCGGAGCCCGGGACCAGGCUGUCCCAGCACACCAACGUGUAG